UAAUGUAAACAACGGAAAAGAAAUAUUCAAUUGGACUGGAUAUCGAUAUUAGACUAAAGCAAUCGACUUGAGAACCAUGUCCGAAUCACAUACCCAUCCAGAAGACCCUCCGCCAUCGUAUGAAUCAGUGAUACAGAACCCUGGAGGAGGUGCACCAUUUCCUCCUGGAACUGAGCCCAAAGACAACUACAACAUACCUACCUACGGAGCCUAUCCUGUUCCUCAGCCACAUGCAUCUUAUCCUGCACCAACAAAUAGCUCACAGCCAUACCCGACACAACCAGCUAGUCAGUAUCCUGCAGGAACUUACCCACAGGCGGGAUAUGGUUAUCCUGCUACUGGGGUAUAUCCUAUGCCAGGUCAACAGCCUCAGUAUAAUGUGCCCAAUUCUCAACCCUACACGACAGGACAAGCACCUGCAGUCUUUACCACCAACACAUCCUUAGGGGUCAAUGCCCAGAACAAUCUUCGCAAGAAAAGAGCACUUUUAUGUACCACAGUGAUGAUUGCAAUUUUUAUUGCAAUCAUCAUUUUCAUUAUGCAAAUCGCGAUGUAAGUACUUUCAAGCCCUACACCUGUCAUAGUGGGUGAUGUUACAAUGAUAUCCAAGAUUGUUACUACUGUUAUUAAUAUUAUUUGUAUUAUUUAUAUAUCGUUUUUAGUUAUGUACACCAUUAAGCAGACAACAUUUUCUCCACAUGUAACUUUAUUUGUUUACGAAUCCUGCUGUUUCAUAAAGAGAAUUCAGACAAAAUUGCUGAUUUUGUAAAUCACAAUAUAUUUAGAGAUGAUUGAUCAAGGCUUCAGUAUUCUAUUUUCAACAGUUCUAAUUUAACAAAAAUUUCUUCUUACAGAAGUAUAUUUGUGAAUAAGAAAAUAAAAUACUUUUUUAUCUGGUUUUGUAAUUUCAUUGUAAUUAGAAUGCAAUGAAUACAACUGAUAUUAUGAUAU